AGGAGGUGAGACAAAUGGUACAGCCCUCAGGUCAGUGGUGGCUGUACGAGUCGUAGUUGCAUCUGUUUUGGGCAGGAACCUGAGAGCAGUGACAAGGAGGGCUCCUUCCCAUCUCCCGGUGGGAGGAUCGGGUGAGGGACGAAAUCGAGGCCGGCGAUUUGGCGCUAUGGAGGCUGCAGCUGGAGAGGGGGAGCCCGAGGCGCUGAGUUGUUUCUCCUACAACCAGGAUUGCACUUCCCUAGCAAUUGGAACCAAAACUGGAUACAGACUCUUUUCCUUGAGUUCUGUAGAGCAGCUGGAUCAGGUCCAUGAAAGCAAUGAAAUCCCAGAUGUUUACAUUGUGGAGCGCCUCUUUUCUAGCAGUCUGGUGGUGGUGGUGAGUCACACAAAGCCUCGGCAAAUGAAUGUCUACCACUUCAAGAAAGGGACAGAAAUCUGCAACUACAGCUAUUCUAGUAACAUUCUCUCUAUCCGGCUCAAUCGGCAGAGACUGAUAGUUUGCCUGGAGGAAUCUAUUUAUAUUCAUAACAUUAAGGACAUGAAGCUGCUGAAAACAAUCCUGGACACCCCUCUGAACACAAAAGGUUUAUGUGCACUUUCUAUCAACCAUUCCAAUUCGUACUUGGCCUACCCCGGUAGUACCACUGUCGGCGAGAUUGCAUUGUAUGAUGGCAACAAUUUGAAAGAUGUCUGCUUAAUUCCUGCCCAUGAUGGUCCCCUUGCUGCCCUUGCUUUCAAUUCCACAGGAUCAAAACUAGCGAGUGCUUCUGAAAAAGGGACUGUCAUUCGUGUGUUUUCCAUCCCUGAAGGAGAAAAGCUCUAUGAAUUCAGGAGAGGGAUGAAGAGGUAUGUGAAUAUCAGCUCUCUAGUGUUCAGCAUGGAUUCACAGUUCUUGUGUGCAUCGAGCAACACUGAGACAGUGCACAUCUUCAAGCUGGAACAUCUCACAGACAGCCGGCCAGAGGAACCCGCAUCCUGGAGUGGCUACAUGGGCAAGAUGUUCAUGGCUGCCACGAACUACCUCCCUUCUCAAGUGUCAGGCAUGAUGAGCCAGGACCGGGCCUUUGCCACCGUGCGCUUGAACUCCUCUGGACAAAGGAACAUCUGUGUGCUCUCCACGAUCCAGAAGCUGCCGCGGCUUUUAGUUACAACAUCUGAUGGACACCUUUACCUCUACAAUCUGGACCCUCAAGAUGGGGGCGAGUGUGUUUUAAUCAAGACACACAGAUUGCUGGGCUUGGGGAAAACAGAAGAGAACAAAGAAAAUGAUCUGCAACCUUCAGUACCUCAGACUUAUGCUGCAACUGUUGCCAGGCAAAGUUCAGUGCCUUCAUCUAUGAUGCCAGAUAAACUUGUGCCGUGGAAGCCAGACGAGCAAAGGAAAGAGGUCAUGAGGAAUGGCAAACAGCAGAGCACAGAGCGGCGGAUGGGAGGUAGUUUGGAGAAUUAAAACAAAAACAGGAAUAUGGAAGAGCCCACAAGUGAGGGAGAAGCCAGAGCCCCUCCGAUGCUAUUAACAGAGAAUAUGCUUCAUUUUUUUUGCUGAACUUUCUGGCCCCUGGUGUGUGUGUCUUAAAGUGCUAUGUGGGUAUCAAUGUACUGUAUAUGUACACUGCUCUAUAUGAGAGCCAUAGUGUAAAUUUUAUCCUGAUUGGAGUUAAUAUGUAACCUGAAUUUUAUACAUGUGCCUAGCCUUUUUCUAAUUUAUGUUAUGCAUAAAUGUACUUAUGAAAAGUCUACUUAUCUAUGUCUUUGUACAGUGGAUGCAUAAUAUUUUACCCCUGCAGAAUAUUUUUUACAGUGAGGAAAGCAAAAAAGAAUUGCAAUUUAUUAUGUUGGCGCUCUGCUGGAAUAAAGUCAUCCUGGUGUCAGCA